AUGACCACCUUACCCAACGACCCUCACUCCUUACCCAGCAACCCUCACUCCUUACCCGGCAACCCUCACUCCUUACCCGGCAACCCACACUCCUUACCCAGCAACCCACACUCCUUACCCAGCAACCCACACUCCUUACCCAACGACCCUCACUCCUUACCCAACGACCCACACUCCUUACCCAGCGACCCUCACUCCUUACCCAGCGACCCUCACUCCUUACCCAGCAACCCACACUCCUUACCUGGCGACCCACACUCCUUACCCAGCAACCCACACUCCUUACCCAGCGACCCUCACUCCUUACCCAGCGACCCUCACUCCUUACCCGGCAACCCUCACUCCUUACCCAGUGACCCUCACUCCUUACCCGGCAACCCUCACUCCUUACCCAACGACCCACACUCCUUACCCAGCAACCCACACUCCUUACCCAGCGACCCUCACUCCUUACCCGGCGACCCUCACUCCUUACCCAGCAACCCACACUCCUUACCUGGCGACCCACACUCCUUACCCAGCAACCCACACUCCUUACCCAGCGACCCUCACUCCUUACCCAGCGACCCUCACUCCUUACCCAAGGACCCACACUCCUUACCCAAGGACCCACACUCCUUACCCAGCAACCCACACUCCUUACCCAAGGACCCACACUCCUUACCCAGCAACCCUCACUCCUUACCCAACGACCCUCACUCCUUACCCAGCGACCCUCACUCCUUACCCGGCAACCCACACUCCUUACCCAGUGACCCUCACUCCUUACCCGGCAACCCACACUCCUUAUCCGGCGACCCACACUCCUUACCCAGCGCCCCACCCUCUGUGUUAGUGUGUUCGUCCCCAGCCUCGGACAACGUGCUUCAUAUGCAGCAGAAGUCAGACUAA